AUGACGUUGCCGCAGACAGUUGACUUCCGCAGGAGCGAUGUGAAGACCAAUGUGUUCAGAGAGGUUCAGAGGCGCGUGCUGAAGGACUCGGUGAUUCGCUACGUGGACGUGGGGCCAAUGAGUGACUGGCGGCCUGAUGGGCACCUGCAGAAUUGGAUAGUGACAAGUAGCUCAACCAAGAAGAAUGACUGCUUGCACUGGUGUGAGGCUGGGGUCACAGAUGCGUGGCUGGAGAUGGUCCACAAUACACUACUCUUCUGA